CAGUACCAUAUGUGGAAAAAUAUUGUGGUGCAUAUCUAACUGGGUUUGAUCUGAGAGAGGUAAAUUAGGUUGUUGAACAAGGCUAAUUUCAUAGCAGAAAAAUAUGUUGACCAUCGGAUCAAUUGUUGUUCUUGGUCCUGGCAAAGCUGAGUGCCUUCAUCAGGAGCCCUUAUGCAGAUCACAACUCAAAAAAAACACUGCUCUUUGUUUGCCCAAUAUCUCAAAGCAAAACAACGGGCAGCUGUUUCAGAGAAAUCAAACCUUCCCAUCACUCAUCAAUGGAGGUUGCAGAAACAAGAAGAUGAAGAAAAAUAUGCAAGUGAUCAGCUGCAGUUUGGAAUCAGGGCAACCAUCAUUUCCUUUUAAUCUUAUUCCUGCCGGUUCCAGUUGGCAACUGUGGGCUCUGGGAACGUUAGUACCACUUCUCCUCUCCUUCACAACGAGCAAAUGGGGGCCAUUCUUAAAACUGAAAAAUGAGGCUGAUAACAUGCUAGAGGCAGCUGAACAGAUAACGGAUGUGGUGGAAGACGUGGCGGGGAAAGUGGAGGAGAUAGCAGAUCAGGUCGGCGAACAGCUGCCGGACGGUGGAAAACUUCGGGCUACUCUUGAAUUGGUUGAGGAUUUAGCCGAGGAAACAGCUAAGAACGCACAUCUCGCCGGAGAUCUCAUAGACAAGGUGCAAGAAAUUGAAGAUAAGAUGGAGUCUUUAAUGGAAGCAGUCGACACUAAGGACAACAAGAAACUCAAAGACGUGCAGGAUUGAUGGUGUUAAUGUGGAUAGUUGGGAGCUGAAUCCUUUAAAAUAAUAAAUAUAAUUUAAUUUCUAACCCUCUAAAAUUUGUUUUGUUUGAAUGGAAAGUAUCAACAAAUAACUAAACUACUUGUCAUAUAAUGAACUACUUUGUAUAAGAUCACCUUAUAAUAUAUAAUAGGAUACAUUUACA